UCCAUUACUCAUAAGAGAUGAGUAAAUAUUUUCUUUAACGAACGUUUUAAUUGAUUUGCCCUAGCCGCUCCUCUCAGACACCAUUAUCGAGGCAACCCCUAUGUCACCAUUUUCUGGCGCCGGUGAUGCUCAAGCUCGCCGGCGUCGGGACUCUUCACCUCACCUCUGUUCCCUCUUUGUCUCUCUGCUCUUCUACCGUCUCUCUCUCUUUUUUAGUCUGUUCCUUUUCUUUUUGCUGAGCAAUCUAAGGCGUAGUGGCUUUAUGUGCUCGCGGCGGAGAAGCAGCUCCUUGGAUAUGUCUUUCUCGGUGGUGCUAUCUCUGUGACUUGUCUUUAUCUCGCUGCUGAAUUCACUAGCUUUCUCAUCCACCGCCUCUCACUGCAUCUCGGGUUUAAGCCCCGAUGAACCUUUCAAAAAAGCAUCCUACCUUGUCUGUCGUCUUUAUGGGUGAAGCAUACUCUCCCUAUGGGGAACAUCUGUUCCAUCUGGUCAUGGCAUAAACAAAGCAUCUCCCAGGCGGUUCCUCUCCCUUUGCUAGUCAAACCUGUUAAAGAGUAUGUGCAAUACUGCGAAAAUAUUCCGGCUACUAAGAAUCCGAUGGUUGAGCUACAAAUCCACCGCCGUAUACUGCUGCUCUACACGGAGUCCACUCAGGCUAGGCGAUGUGACUGGUUCUUCAAACCUCCCUUGGUGAUAAAAGAUUACAGUUUGUGUUGUUGUCUUCCCUGCCAGCUCCAACAACUCAGGUAGGGAUCUGUAUAUGUUUUCGCGGAGGUCCAAAGCUUCAUAAGAAUAGUAUCUUAGACUGGCCUGCCAUUUGUUUAUCACCUCGGAGGCAACAGAGGAGCACUUUCGAUUUUUCUUGAUAUUUAUGCUGGGUUUUGGCCAGAGAAAGAAGUGCUCAUACUUUCAGUGAUUGCUUUUACAACUACAAGCUCAAGCACUCCAUUGAUUCAUAGUAAGCUUGCUUUAGUCAACCUGUUAAACUUAACCACCAUGGAAAAGUUUAUUCAAACUUCCUCUCACUCGGGUCGAGAGAGAUCUUUCUCCACAUCCUCCUUUUCACAGGAGAGAAUUAUUCCAUCAAAAUUCCUCUUUGUAAGAGGUGACCUUACCCCGGUAACCAAAACCGGGAAAACUUACCAAUUUCCUAGCCGUUUGCUAUCUUAUGUGAAGGUUCACUUGGAGCCGGUAGAUGCAACAACUCUUGUUCAGAUGAGAGUUGAGGUUUCGGAUGGUGUUGCGACGUCACUUGAUAUUGUGACUAAUCGUUUGUUAUUUGAAGAUUUGGAGAUGUGGUUUGAGCUUUUAUUAGAUUGGAUCACAAGUGGCAAUUUCUGUACCUUUCAUAAUGUUUUAUCAAACUUUUCGAAAUUUGUGUCUCUAUCCUUGUUUACCCUUGAACUUUAUGUCGCAGUUUUCGCACAUCGUGGUUUGUACGAUGUUGCUAAUAGUCUUGUAAUCGUUUAAAUUUAGUAAUGAAGACAUUGGUGCAAAAAAAAAACGAACGUUUUAAUUGAAAAACAAAAGGAAUGCUUGAAAAAUAAUACAUUUUUUAUUUCUUAAAGUUUAUACAAUUUACAAGCAAUAGUUUUUAUGCAUGUGUUCAUUUUCAUUUUUAUAUUUUAAAGAAAUUAUAGAUCAAACAUAAUGUGGCUUUCGCUUCUGCAACCAUAUCGGUUCCUAUUUCUCUUAAGUUGUGUUGCGUGAUAAGCCUAACGUACGGGAGUGUAUUAGAAAUGAGACCUCCAAAUAGCCUAAGCACAAUUACGAAAACCGAUAAAAUAUGAUAACGUAAAACACACACGUAAGGUUGUAAGCUUAUACUUACAAGUUACUUGAGAUCGACUUUAUAAAAAUAUUCAAAUCCAAUCGUGUCUCCUCACUUGCCUUACACAUACAAUGACUAGACUAUACACAAAGCAUCAUAAUUCUUGAAGUAAAAUCAAGAUCUUUGCUCAUUCAACUGUUAUUAUACUCAACUUCAGUUCAUGCAUCUUUCCCCCAAGUUAUAUUUUUAACCCUCCAUAAUCUGAACCUUCAAAGGUUCAACAUGGGAACAUUGGUGGGUCACAUCGUACCAGGAUUUUUCUUCUUUUCACUUGGUCUAUGGCACCUCUUUAACCACAUCAAACUAUUUUCUCUACAUCCAAAAUCAUACGUAUCAUGUACAUGGUUUCCCCUUUCCAAACCAAGAUAUUUAGAGCCUCUCGUGAUCAUUAUAGCCUCCUCACUUUCCAUUUCCGUGGAACUCUUCCUUGGCCAAAAGAACCACCAACCAUUUGAUCCCAAUGACGGAACUAUCCCAUCAAACCAUCUCCAUAACUUUGAACACUCUUGCAUCUCCAUCACCUUCAUCACAUAUGCCGCUUUUGCCAUCAUCUUUGACAAAACAAGACCAGUGGCUCAUAGGGACCUCAUCAACUUGAUCGGGGCCCUCGCAUUCGCCCAACAACUCUUUCUCUUCCAUUUCCACUCGGCUGACCACACGGGCGUCGAGGGCCACUACCAUUUGUUGCUACAGCUCGUGGUUUUUGUCUCUUUGGUGACAACACUCUUGGGUAUCGCCUUACCGAGUAGCUUCUUGGUGAGUUUUGUUCGGUCACUUAGUAUUUCUUUCCAAGGAAUAUGGCUUAUGUCAAUGGCUUGCAUGCUUUGGACGCCAAGUUUGGUUCCCAAGGAUUGCUUUCUUCACAUUGAAGAGGGUAAACAUACCAUUAGAUGCUCUAGCGUGAAAGGACUUCAUAGAGCAUUAUCAUUGGUUAAUAUCCAGUUUAGUUUGUUUCUGGUGGGUGUGACCAUCUUUGCAAUGUGGUUUUAUAUUUUCUUGCAAAGGAUCUAUGGUGAGAAAAUUGAAUAUUCUGAGCUUCGAACAAAGGAAUCCAAAGACACUGAGAUCAUGAUGACCAUGGUUGAAGUUCAUGAUACUAAGUCACGAAAUGGAGUUAAGUCACUAGCUUGAGAAGUCAUUGCCACAGAAAACUAUUAACUUCUGAUGAUGUUUUCGUAUUCUGAUUCAGAGAGUUUGAUCAUGUGAAUAUAGACGUAUUCUGUAUUCAGAUGGAAGACAAUCCAUAUAUGUAGUGUGUUGUACAUAGAUGAAUGUGCCGUAAUCUAUUAUAUACACUUGAAAAUCUUAUAUACUACUUUCUUAUAUUCUUUCCGAUUCAAAAAGUCUAAUAACCAAUGUUCAA